AUGAGUUUCUCCAGAAGCCUCCUCGGGCUCUUCCUCGCCGGCACCAGUCUGGCCUCGGUCACUGUCGAGGACCCUUCGGACGUGAUCGACCCGGCUGACUGGGCUGCCGACAACGCCCUGCUGGCCGACUACAAUGUGGCUUUCCCCUCGACUCAGCCAUCAGAUAUCAUUGCUGGCACUUCAUAUGUGUCCGAGAGUGUCGCUAUUGACCAUGAAUCCUUUUCGGUCGACGCCAAUGAUACCAGUGUGAUUCUGGUCGCCGAAGGAGCGACUUUUGAUGGAUCCUACUUGGACAUUCUCAAGUUUGGUUACAGCUCAAAUCUCCUGUAUGCCAGCUUCUGGGGCUUCAACGCAGCAAUCAAUGUUGCCAAUGCAUCAACGGCGAAUCUAGACCACGUCAACAUCACCGUCCACAAUGGUGGCGCCAAUGUCUACUCGUACGGCACUGACACGGUCGUGACCGUCGAGGACUCGUGGUUGUACAGCAGCGGGCCCGUGAGCCACGGCCUCUACGCCUCGGGCAACGGCACCGUAAUCGGCCGAAACCUACAGCACUACAGCGGCGGCUACCGAUCGUCGUCGUUUAGCGGCGACAGCCCGGCGGGCUACGUCUACGUCUACGACAGCGUGGCCCACGCCGCCGGCGUCGGCAGCGCAACCUACUACGCCCUAGGCACCAUUUACGCCGAGAACGUGCUGUCGGUAUCCGAGCAAGGACCCGUCGUUUUCAUGGACGGUGUGCAAAACGCCACCCUCGUCCACUGUGACGCCACCGCGGGCCUGCUCGGAGGCGUCGUGCUCUUCAGCUCCAUGGACCGGCAGUCGGGGGGGCGGCUCGAGCUCGUCGACUCCAAAAUCACCACCGUCGGCGACGACGUCCCCGGCCUGUGGUUUGGCAACACCAUUGUCGACGUGGUCAUCAACAGCUCCCAGGUCAUCUCGCCGUCGGGCGUCCUCAUUGUCGCAAACUACUCGCAGGUGACGCAGGACUUUGACUACUACGGCGGCUACCCCGACAACAACAACCUGCAGCCCGCCGAGGUCUACGCCAGCGUGUACGAGUCGAGCCUGAGCGGGGACCUGGUGCCGUACAAUGGCAGCUACAUUUCCUUUUCGCUGGAGCAGUACAGCGCGUGGGCGGGGGCCGCGUACGCCGGCUACGGAGUCGGCCUCGUCGACGUCAGUCUUUCGGCCGACUCCAACUGGACGCUGACGGCCGACUCGACGGUGCAGAACCUCACCGACGCCGACGCCUCCCUGGCCAAUAUUGACAGUGCCGGCUUUACCCUCUACUACAACUCGACUCUCAAUGAUUGGCUGGACGGCCAGACGAUUUCCUUGACUGGUGGUGGUUCUGCGACUCCGGCUUGA